AUGUCAAAUAAAGAUGAUGAAUCAAUUGAAAUGAUAUAUUCAAAAUCAUGUCUUGAUUUAAAUAUGGAUAUGGAAACAAAGUUAGAUGCAUGGCGUUCAUAUGAACAUAUUCGUAAACAUUAUGUUUUAGAAGGUGAUCAAUUACAUUGUGUUGAACAUGUUUUUAAUAUAUCAUCAAUUAUAUUUGAAAAAUAUAGAAAAAUAUUUAUUGAAAUAUUUGGUGGAAAUCAAUAUAAAAGAACAUCAAAUCAAAUAAAUCCUAAAUUAAAUACAAAAAAUAAAUUAAAUAAAUGUUCACAUCAAGAUUUAUAUUCACUUCUAUGGACAAUAUAUGCAUUAGCUAAAACAAUUUAUCCAUUAACUAUCAAUGAUCUGAUUGCUUCAUUUCAUUUACUUAUUUCUAGUUUUUUCUUUUAUUUAUGA